GGCAAAUGUCAAACGCCCUCGCGUUUCCAAUUGGCACUCAGCGGUUUCGAGCCCUCACCCACACACUCUUCGUGACACACGACGUUUUGGUAGUUUGGGUUGCCAUUGCGCAGCAACACACCAUCUCUUUUAACUGUGUACCCGACAUUAAGUUGUGGAUAACUCAUCUGUUCAAAGAUGACGGAUACCAGUCAAACACAGCGCACAUUCGCCGUGAUUCGUGGUGGGAAGAAUGAGUUGAUGAAUCUGCUCAACGAUGCUGAAAUCAGCAUUACUUUUGAGAAACAAAUUGCGCUUACAGUUGCUGAUGCUAAAGAACUCACGGCCAGAAAUGCUGAUUUAAGAGCGUGCCUGGGAAGUAAACCUGCACAAGGAUUGGUGCUCGAAGCUCAAGAUGUUGCUGCACGUUGGCUGGAUAUUAUCAACGAGCAUGAUGCAGCAAAGAGAAAGUAUCUUUACGGUAGUCCUUCGCAAGCUGUUGCUGAGCAAGAUAUUACAUGGAUACGCAAACUGGCCAACAAGCAGAAGAAUACUGUUGCUGCAACAGGUUCAAAGCUUCCGACUGCUACAGCCCGAAAAGCAACUUCAGCGAUGACAGCUAACAAGACUGCAGAGGAAAGACGUACACCAUCCCAACAAACACGUGUUACUCAAAGGCAUACUACGGCCUCCAGAGGCAAGCCUCAGCCUAAACUAACUCAAAAAACAGCCAGAGAAAUCAACAAAGCUAGUAUUCCACGGUCACGUAGAGAAGAUAAUAACACUGCGACAGCAAUGAAAGCACAGAAACCUAAGAAUACCUCGGCUACUCGUCGAACGGUGUUGAAAACGUCGAACAAAAGUAAUGAUAAUGAUGAUACCCUUGCAACAACAAGCACUACAGCAAGCGAUACUGUUGACAAUACCGUUACUUCACCCACCCUGGGCGGCAAAUCCAGCUCAGCUUCUACUUCUGCGCUGUCGGAAGAGCAAGAAACAUUGGCAACGAUGGGAAAUAUCAAUGAGGAUGAUGCUUCAAGCGACCUUCUACAGCCAGGUAUAACGGAUAUAACGAAACCGACAUCGAAUGAAUCGCUGUUAUUCGGUGAAUCGCAACCUUCCGAAUCAACCCACGCUCCAAGUGAGCAAGAUGCCGAUGAUGCGGAAAGUGAUCACGAUGCUGAAGUUGCUGCUGCUACAAAUCACACUACUUCGACUAUACCCGCUACUGAGCACUCUGCACUCAGAGCAUCGCUUUCACCAAACAGCGUAUCCUCGUUACCCCGUCCAGAAACACCUGAAGUCGACUCACUUCGGCUUCGCUUUGAAUCGCUUGGACAUACACGACCAGCGAAUGCAUCAAACCAACACAGAAAGAGUCUUUCCCCCGAAGCAGCACUUAAAAUUAAAGAAACACGACCAAAGACACCAGGUGGUACGAAGGUCAAGAGCAUGGUUGAUUUUUUCAUGGACGAAAACCUUCAUAAAUGGGAAUUCUGAGUGCGCAACCAAUCCCCCAAACCUUUGUAUAACUUAUCGUAUUCAAUAUCCUCUCUUUACCCUUUCCCACCCCCCACUCAUUACACAAAUUAACAUUGCGCGUUUAAUAAAUGAUAAAAUAUAUAUUAUAC